AUGACAGAGAGACGCUGUCAGUUCCAAGGAAAACCCAAAUCCGAUGGAGUUCUAAGAAGAAAACGAAGGACAAAGAGAAAAGAUGAGGGAAUGGAGGAAAAGAACAGCUUCUUAGGGCUGGGUAGUGGAACUGCAAUUGCCUUGAAGGGAACAAUAGAGUUUGAAAAUCAAAAGGGGAAACGAGAGUGA